CUUUAGUAGAUAAGUACAUACUAUAUAAAUGGGAUUCUUAUUAAACUGUAUGCAGAUGCUGUAACCUGACUAGAAGAAUCGGGAAAUAGAAAUUCAUAUCACCAAUAAAUUCAUCUCUCGUAGUGGGUAAGUUGAAUAAUUAAAACCUCUUUGGUUUCUUAAAAAAUAAAUUGUAACGACCAGACAGUGCAGUUCCCAUAGACUUACUCUUUGCAGUACAGCAAAGAGUAUAUAUGAGUAUAGGAAGUGCAGACAGAAAAAUAGUUGUCAGACAAAAACCUGGAUCUUAGGACUUAGAAAAUAAAUAAAUAUUGUAAAGAAUAAUGUUCGUAUUACGUACUUUAUCGUUUAUUUUCUUAUUACACAAAAGUUUAGCAAAUAAAAACACUAUUCCAGUUUUUUUAUUAGACCAUGACCAAAUAAUGUCACAUGUUCAAGUUGAUCCGAAUCCAUUUUCCAAGUUGACAAAAACCAACUUUGCGGAUAUCAUAAACGAUUCCAAACAACGCUCGGACGCCACCAUAAUUUUUGUCGAAGAUUCCUUUAGCACCGAAGAUAUAAGUACUAAAGACAGAUUGGGUACUCCAUAUAUCAAUUUACGGAGCGGCCUAAUAGAUAAUAAGGUGAAAUACUUUCCAUCAGUGAUCGACCCCUACAAAUUGCUGAGUCAAAUAUUCCAACCCCAUGAAAGCAACGUAUAUUACCUAUCGAGUCGAAAUAACUUUCAAGUUAUGAAUAAUUUUAAGUAUAUCUACGUUUAUUUUCAAGAUGGACCCUAUACGAAUGAGACGAGAGCUCAAAUUUUAAGGAGGCAUGAUGCUAUUAUGAGAGAGGUGGUAUUUAUUGUCCGUCAGUUGAAAACAGGUCCAGUCGUGGCGUAUUACACCGGUAAAUUUAAUCCCAUCGUGGUUGAAAAAACAGAUUUUUCCAUGAGGAAAACGGAUCCUGCGCCUAGAAAGAAAGGUGUGCUUGUGGCGUCCUCUGGAGCCCUCUUCAGGCUUUUUGGAGUGCAUGCAGCCUCGCCGACACGAAGAGCCCUAUUCGAAGAACCUCCGAGAGUCUCUGAAGAAACGUUCACAAGACGCACACUGUCCACUCGAGUCUCAUAUCCAGUAUUUGAUUUAGAAUUCGCGUUUAGUUUUCGACGAGACAGCUGGCGAUGGGAUCACAUUGCGAUAUACGAGGGCGGCGAAGAGGUCGGACGUACGGAUAUGAAUAUAAGUGUACCUUGGAACUAUUCAUAUUACUGCCCAGAACCGAUCAGUAUCUACAACACACGAGAUGGAAGUUCCUUGACUAUAAGCCAGUAUCAGAUUCAACCGCGCCAAAUGUUUAGUCGAAAACGAGGUGGUGGAGAAGGUGACGGUGAAGAUAGCGAAGAUAGUGACGGUGGCCGUACCGGUGGUGGUAGCGAUGGCGGUACCGGUGGUAGUGGCAGUACCAGUGGUAGUGGCAGUACCGGUGGUAGUGGCAGUACCGGUGGUAGUGGCGUUGGCGGUGCCAGUGGUAGUGGCGAUGGUAGUGGCAGUGGCAGUGGCAGUGGUAGCGGCCCCGGUAUUGGGAAUUCUUCACAGGUUUCGGGCAAAGAUGUGAACGUAACGUUUAAUAAAAUGGUACAUUGCGGCCCAUAUUUCACAGCCACAAUACUUAGCUCACUUAUGAUUGUAUUCUUCUGUUUAUCCAUUACUAUGUAUGGUGUUGUAACUCUGUUCAAUUGCGCCUCCAAUAGUCGGUAUGAAGAUCCAAAUAGUAAACCGUUGACUCAUGAUCUUUUGCAUUGAAUUUUAAAUAUAGACGACAGAUCAAGAAACUCCUUAUUAGAAAAUUUCUUUAUUUUCAGCUUUAUUGUUUUAAAAAUAAUAUACUAUUAAGUGCUUUACUCUAUAGUGCUCAUGGCACACUUAAAUAAUAAUAUGUCUCUACAUUUGUCACUAUUUUUUCUUGAUAAACUUAAGAUAACGUUCUGAUCGCGUAACGACAAAUAAAACUCGCACUACACCCUCACUCCCUCAGGGGCAUGUAGACGAAUAGUCUACAUGUAACUGGGCAAUUCGAAUUUUUGAAGAGAGGUCGAUCGCAUCCUCGUCCGUUGUUGUUCGAGAUCGUUCAACCAUUCUUACAACCAAUGACAUGAGAGACCGCAAGCGGGUUCACUUCGAUCUUUCGAAUUGAAAGUUAAAGAACAGCCUAGUUGAAGCAGAUUAAACCUAGAGAGCGCCCUAGGCUCAUAGCAAAUGGGC